GACACAGCCGCCGCCCAAACUGCCUGUAGGCCCGAGCCACAAGUAUGCCAAUAACUACUACUGCACCAGAGACGGGCGCAGAGAGUCAGUGCCCGCCACUGUCGUUAUGUCUUCACAGAAGGCUCUCACCGCUGGCAGUCAAGUCGCUGAGACCCCGAAGCUCCCAGUGACCCCGGGUGCUACAUAUAAGGAGCCAUCCCUCUCAACAGACCAGCCGUACCUCUGAACAGCAGGGUUAAACCCCCUUCAGCAUCAACAACCUCAGUCCAACAUCCAGCCCUGCUGUUAGAGGCCUGAAUACUUCAUGUGUUGGUUGUAUCCUGUACAAUAGAAAAUGUGAAUAAAAUGUGUUCUAUUUAA